CCAACAUCUUGUCCGACGCUAUUCUUUAGUUGUUGUCGCCAUUCUCGGUACUAUAUCCUUUACUUAGAGAAAUUCAACUAAGUAGCUCUUCAACGUCACAUAAACAUACAAUCUUGAGAUCCUGCGUGUCUCACCAAUCUUAGAGCCCUUAUCUUGGUCAAGAUGCCUUUCGGUUGGAUAAAGCCCCGCUUUACGACAAAGUCAAGAGAAUCUUCAAAACACUAUAAAGCCUCCAGACCUGUUGCUUCUGAAUGCGUUGCCUCUGGAUCUGUUGAUUCCGGAUCUGCUGCAGACAAGAAUGGAUUUGGCUUGCACAUAUUGUAUGAUUCUACAAAAGCAAACGAACAACCUCUGCCAAGUCACCUUAGCCCAGAUACUGAUAUAUGCUAUGAGGAAGUUGACAUCAUUGCAAUUCAUGGACUUGGAGGGAGGCCUUUCGACACUUGGACGCAUCCAAAAACAAAGAAUAUGUGGCUUCGCGAUCUCCUUCCUUUGACAAUGACGAAUAGUCGCAUUAUGACGUAUGGAUAUGAUGCUGAAGUGUAUAAGAAUAAAGGCACCUUGCGCAUCCUCGACAAUGCAGAAAACCUUUUGUUUUCAAUUUUAAAUACCCGGAAGACUGACCAAAAUCGCAGCCGCGCGAUUGUCUUCGUUGGCCAUAGCAUGGGUGGGAUUGUUGUAAAGAAGGCUCUAGUAAUGGCUAGUGAGGAACAGCGGUACAAAAAUAUCGUUGAAUCAACACGAGGUGUUAUGUUCAUGGGAACACCUCAUGACGGAGCAGAUGCCGCCAAACUAGCUCUGACUAUAGCUAACAUAGCAAAUUCCGUGACAAGUAUCAAUACAGUCAAUCUGGAGCUUUUACGGCGUGAUUCGGAACCUCUUACCGAAAUUGCGAGGUCGUUUGGGUUCCUUGCACAACGCCUGAAGAUUGUGACUAUCGUCGAAUCGAAUACCACGCGGAUACCGUACAUGAGGACUCAAAUCAUGAUUGUGCCUCAACCUUCCGCCAGGUUGAAUCUCGGAGACCGAGAAAUCGUCUUUAGUAUUAUGGACGCAGACCACCAUCUUGUCUGCAAAUUCACGGGUGGAGAUAGCCUCGAGUACCGGAAGGUUAGGAAUGCUAUUGAACUUCUAGCUACUUCACGUGAUGCCUCACAGGACCGCCUUCCACGUCUCCAGAUUCCCUUUUCACCUGAUCCCGAAUUCGUUGGCCGCGAACCUGUGCUUCGGGAGCUACAUCAGAAGGUGUCUCUGUCAAAUAUUCAUAGCCGCCAUGCUUUGUACGGCCUAGGGGGCGUUGGAAAGUCCAGCAUUGCAAUCGAGUACGCAGUUCAACUCAACAGGCUCCAGCCGUCGACAUGGAUCUUCUGGGUACAUGGAGCGAACUCCAGACGAUUCAAACAGUCCUAUCGAGAGAUCGCCAAUAGCUUGGAAUUGCCAGGGCGCGACAACCCACAAGUCAACGUAGUCGAACUUGUUGUCCAGUGGCUUAGGAACGAAAAGAAUGGUAAAUGGGUAAUGAUUCUUGACAAUGCCGACAAUGAACACCUUUAUUUUCCGAAGACCGAGUGCAGUCCUCAAGAACGGGAGGGAAUGGAGCCAUCCGAAGCCUUGUCGGCGUAUUUGCCUCAGAGUCGACAUGGCUGUAUUCUUGUGACUUCACGGGAUAGAUUGACGGCAAUGGAGAUGGUUUUUAAUCGAAGCAGAAACAUCACAAUGAUAGAGCCUAUGGACGAGGAAACAGCACAAAGUCUAGUCAAGAAAAGGCUUUCUGCAGAACAAAUGGACGGGGCCAACCUAACUACAUUCAUUGAAAUGUUGGGGCACAUACCACUAGCAAUCACCCAAGCAUGCGCGUACCUCGAGCACUCGGCAUUCGAUGAGUCGACGCCCAUGACAAUUGCAGAAUAUGAAGCACUUUUUCUUGAGACGAAGAGUACCCAGCUAUAUCUUCUGAAGACGGAUAGAAGCGACGCGCGACGAGACACCGAGCUACCAAGUUCAGUUGUCACGACAUGGCAAAUCUCGUUUGAACAGAUCAAAAGAGAAGAUCCAUUAGCCGCUGAUAUACUUUCUCUCAUAGGUGUUCUGGAUCGCCAAGGCAUUCCAAAGUCCCUUCUCAGCCUCGACGACAAUUCUGCAAAGACCAGGGAAGCACUGUCACGACUCCUGGCUUUUUGCCUCAUUAAAGCCGAAAAGGGAAAUAAGACGUUCGAGAUGCAUCAUCUCGUGCAGCUCUCUUUACGUGCAUGGCUGGAUGACCGUUCGGAAACAACGAAAUGGAUCUGCAAAGGAAUUGAAAUCCUAUAUGAAGCCUUUCCUAAGGAUGCUUUUUUCACCCCCACCAAUUGGCUCGAAUGUUCCCAAUAUCUUCCUCAUACCCACGCACUUUUACUGUCAAAUAUUUUGACUACGAAAAUUGAAGAGAGUGAUAUCGACAUGAAGACAAAAGCGGUGUUCCAUACAACGAGGCUCCUCAAUUAUGUAGGAAAUUAUUUGGACACACAGGGCCUUUUCGAAGACGCCCUGUGCCAGCAUCGUCGUGCCUACGAAAUCAUGGCAAAGUUCUGUGGUCCCGAACAUAAAGACACACUUAUGCACUAUAGCAAUGUGGCACAGACCCUCUCGGAGCAAGGCAAACCAGCCGAAGCUGAGGCCAUUGAGCGCGAAAUCCUACGAACUCUUUCGAAUACACUUCCAGAUGCCCAGGAUGACGGAUUGCACAGUCUCUCUGUGCUAGUUCAUGCGAAUUUAGCCCGGUCGCUUCAUCGCCAGGGAAAGUAUGCCGAAGCUUAUUCUAUCGACGAAUACGUGCUGAAAGAGAGGAGGGUGAAGCCAGGCACUGAGAAUAGAGACCUCUGGAUUAGUAUGAACGCAGUUGCGCAAAGCCUCGCAACAGCUGGUCAGCUGGAAGAGGCAGAAGCAGUUAGCCGUGACGUUGUGGCAAAGCAGACAGCGGGUCUCGGUCCAGGAAACACGUUUACCUUCGAAAGCCGGAGGGGCCUAGCAAGUAUCCUAGUAUUACGAGAAGACUUUAAGGAAGCAGAAGUCGAGAUCAGGAACCUAAUCGAUAUGGAAGGGAACGUACUUCCAGAAGGUCAUCCGGAGAGGAUGAGAUCAGCGAAGAUUCUGGCGGGCAUUCUGUGCAAGAAAAUGCAAUUUUCAGACGCGGAGGACGUCCUCCGUGAUGCACAGCGUUGUGGCGCGGGAUUCUCAUCAGAACCAACUCUGUUGAUGGCCAACCUUGAGGCUGAGCUAGCUGGAACACUUCUACAACAAGAAAGAUACGACGAAGCAAUAAAGUUGUACAGAGCAAGCCUUUCCGUUCGAGACAAACUUCUACCAACGCGGGAUCUAACAACCUACAAUCUAACGGCGAACCUAGCCACGGCUCUCGGCCUUGCGGGAAGGAUCACAGAACAGCAGGAUAUGCUGUGGGAAACGCUGCAGGCGCUCACACAGCUCUCGGACCUCAACAUGAGACCCGUACUUGAUGCUCUAGUUACCCUCGCCAGCUCCUUUGGCGUUAUUAUAGACCCGAAAAACGUUCCAGAUGCCUGCACGAGGAUCUUAAAAUCACAACCAAGUCAGAUAUCCGAUAACUGGGAAGUUUUCAAACCACGCGUGGCAUCCCUCAGUUGCGUUUUGUUGGGUCUACGAAUGAAGACCGAAGGGCUUGAGCUAAGUGUCCGCUUCCGCAAACGACCUGACCUGUCCACCAUUCAACCUAUCAUGGCACUCAUUGAAAUCUACAAGGCGAGCGGUCGUUUCCGAGAUGUGGUGCCGCUAGUGCAGGAACUUGUAGAAGACUUCACUCAGCUCCUUGGUCCUCAGCAUCCCCUUACGACUAUGCACGUUAGCCUACUCUCCGUGAUGAGGGAUAGCGAUUCUGAGGAAGCCGAGAAACUUGCUAAAUCUGCUGCCAGCUUAUCAGAGGAGCUUGGGAAUACGGAAUUAAGUGGUAAUAUCUCUCAGGACUUGGAUAAUGUUCCGGCUCUACUAGGAAAGCAGGAGGAGACGCAGAAGUAGUAGCAGCAGCCGUCGUUUUACCAUUAUUAUAGCAGCAGCAGUAGCUGUAACAGCUGCUCGUGCUAGCAUGUAGUGUUUCCCGCUAACUGAGACCCUAUAUUCCAAACUUACAUUAUGG